GUGAUUUUGUCCAUUGAAUUUUUAUGUACAAAGGCAUUCCUAACUGCUUCUUGAGGAUGUUGUUAUUUGAGUUGGUGUUUGUAUGUACCAGUAGAAUGGCACUGGCAGAACUCCAUGGUUCUCUCUAACUUGGAGUUUUUGUUUUCCCGACAAUUCAGGUGCUGCUGGUUAUGAUAAUGGGAGCCUUCAUUCCCGGUCUCAGACGUAAAUAUCUGCUCCAUGAAUACAUUUCCACCAUUCUUCUAGUAGUGGGUUUGAUCCUUUUCACCUUAGCAGACGCCCAUACAUCUCCGAAUUUCAGUCUUCUUGGAGUUGUGAUGGUGUCGGGUGCUUUGGUCAUGGAUUCUUUUCUGGGUAAUUUUCAGGAAGCCAUAUUUACAAUGAAUCCUGAAACCACACAGAUGGAGAUGCUCUUUUGCUCCACUGUGGUUGGGCUUCCUUUCUUGAUUCCACCCAUGCUUUUAACGGGGGAGCUAUUCAUGGCCUGGAAUUCCUGCUCUCAGAUUGACACGAAGGAUAUUCUCUUCAUAUGUGGUGGUGCUUUUAUUGACUUAGAAAAGACAAUCUCAGAAAGUUAUACGGAGUCAAGAUUCUUCUAUAGGGUUUGGAGCCCCAGUACAUGCAAACAUGAGGGCUGGUGGUCUAACAAAUGCUGCUGUGACAUCAUCUCUACUAGAAUCAGUGAGUUCAAAGCAGUUGCUACUGGACUACUUGUUGAGGAGACAUUGUCUGGUGCACCAGUCCAUACAGAUGGGUCCCAUGGUUUGGUGAUUUAG